GUUUCAUUGCUUCCUAUGUCCGCCGACAUUCGUCGUAGGGUGUGUUUCCCCUGCGCGGCUAUUUUUGGCUAAUAGUAUAGAGAAAUAGCUUCAUAAAGUACAAAUUGUAUGAAAAUGUUCCUUCUAAGAUACUCGGCUGCCGCCCUAUGCUUCGUGUUCGCCUUAGGAGCAGUUUCAGGCAAAGAGGUGAAAGCAGUGGGUGAUGAAGUUUCUUUUACUCCAGCCAGUCCUAUCACUAAAGGAGCCAGCAUUAUAUGGAAACACAUAAGCACUAGUGGAGCUGUUACCAAGGCGAUUGAAUAUGAUGAAGAUGGUGUAAAUAUCUGGAAUAAUAACUUCCUCGGCAUCACAAGUCUUGAUGAGAAGACUGGAAAAAUCACUAUAAAAAACUUAACUUUUUUCCACACUGGAGUUUACACCAUUGACAUCAACAGCAAAGAGCAGACACAAAGAUUCAGCCUGACUGUUAAAGAGCGGGUGCCCAAACCUACGAUAACAAUAGAGAAAUCUGCCGACUCAAAAGCUGCAUAUUUGACAUGCAAGUAUGAUGAAAGCGUCACCAUGGAGUUAUCAAUCAUUUGGAAGAAUUCUACUGGAGAAAUUAAGACCUUGACGAGUAAUGAGCGAAGUCAGUCCAUCACAGUCCACAGCACUGGAAAUCCAAAGAACUACUACACAUGCACACUAGAUAACAUCGCAAGUCGUGCAACCAGUGAUCCAGUCACUGAGGAACAGCUGUUUGAAGAGGAAUCAAGCAGCGGACCUUGGUGGAUCAUUUUUCCUUUCCUCAUCCUUGGUGGUAUUGGGGCCUGCUUUGGUCUAUAUUGCAAAAACGGGAGUGUCAAGAAGUUUGUUGAUGAACAUGUUCCAUGUAAAAAAGAUCAAGGUAAAAAAGAUGGUGAAUCAGCGGGAAAUGACCCUGCGAGCUCAACUCCCCUGAAAAACCAAACUCAAGCAAACUCAACUCUCCAGGGAAACCAAACUCAAGGUGAAAACAACGCUGGCGGAGCUGAAGAUGGAUAUGUUAAUAUAUCUGAACUGAAAAACCACACUCAAGGUGAAAACAACGCUGGCGGAGGUGAAAAUGACCAUGCAAACUCAACUCUCCAGGGAAACCAAACUCAAGGUAAAAACAACUUUGGCGGAGCUGAAGAUGGAUAUGAUACCACAAUUGUCCUGGAAAACCAAAGUCAAGAUGGAGAUAAAGAUGAUGAUCCACAAGGGAUUAAAGAUCUGUACGAUAAAUUGGAGUCACUGAAGGAUGACUGAUAG